ACCUGAGGAGACCGUGUACAUGGAAGCCCCCAGUCUGGUUUGAAUCCAGGACUGUCUUGCUGAGAGUCGACACAAAGCUGCUGUGCUGCCCCAUGACCGCAAACAAUUCAAAUCACUGAGACCUGUCUUGUGUAUGCAUGUAUUUCAUAUAGAUUGUUUUAAAAACACAUGACUUCUCUAAUGAGUUUGGAGCAAGUCACUCAAUGUGCAAUGAGAACAGGUUUAGCUAUUGUGGGCUAAAAGUAUAAAAUAAAAGUAGUCAAUACUACAUUUCAUUAGAAUUUACAUCACAAUUUGAGUUCAUAAUAAAGUUAUUCAUAUCUCAUGUACCCUACUAAGAAUCUAUGACAUGUCCAUCCUUGCUUGUUUGCAAGGCUCCAUGUUCUGGGAAAUGUCCCUUAUUUUCAGAAGGCAGCAUUCACACAGGUAUGGGAUAAUGAGUUCUGAAACUAUCGUUACAAGCCACAAAGAAAGCAUCAUAAAAGCCCUGCGUUGAUGAAACGUCUGAUUAAGUGGCGGGGAGCAGAAAUCAAGUUUGUAACGGUGUUCUGAACCCGGUGUCUCCUCACAGCUUAGGUUACUUGUUUCCCUCGCGUUAUCUGGCAACCUUGACCAAACUGCGACAGCGCCAAUGGCAGCAAAACAUAACUGUUACAGGCGAAGAGGAUGACAGCAAUAAGGAUUUAAUAGUUUGAUUUUGCCUGCCGACAUAGGGGAGACCGUGUUACUUUGGCUCUACACAAAGAGCCUGUAGCGCUUAAGUCCAGCAUUGAGUAUGAUUCCCUGGUUGCGGUGGAGGUGAGGAAGCAUGGGGUGCAAAACUGAGGUGUCAAGACGAACGUGAUGACAGUAUGGUCGAUGGUGGAGAAGCUCAAAAUGGAAAAACGCCCAUUGAGGGAGGAGAACAUUGACUCAAGCGAGGCCCAGCAUGCCACUGACGAUUCAGAGGAUGGAAGCAGCUCAGAAAGCGAAUCAGAAGAGCAGCAAUGCCACAGGGUUCAGGUGAACAGCAGUAGGUGUAAGAAGAGGGAGCCUUUGGUUGUAACAAAACCCCACCGACAGCUCUGUCGCUCUCCAUGCCUUGACCGGCCCAGUUUUUCCCAGAGUAGCACUGCGCAAGAUUUUCGUGAGGAUGAGACCAGCGCGGGAUUAGGGAUCAAGCAUGCCAGUGAUAGGGAGUACCAGACUAAGAUGGAAUUUGCGUUGAAGUUGGGCUAUUCGGGAGAGCAGGUGGAGACAGUGCUCAACAAGUUGGGGGCUGCUGCACUUAUUAACGAUGUUCUUGCUGAGUUAGUAAGGCUUGGAAACAAAGUAGAGCCUGAAAUUCAACCUUGCAGCAGUACGGCCACAUCAAUAUCACGGUCCCCAUGUGUUAAAGAGACUGUUAGUCCAGAGGUGUCAGUGGAAGAUGACUCUGUGGAUACCUAUGAUAACCUCAGGCCCAUCGUUAUUGAUGGCUCAAAUGUGGCAAUGAGCCAUGGAAACAAAGAGGUAUUCUCUUGCCGUGGUAUCCAACUUGCUGUUGAAUGGUUCUUGGAGAAAGGACACAAAGACAUCACUGUGUUUGUCCCAGCGUGGAGAAAGGAACAGUCGAGGCCUGAUGCCCUCAUCACAGAUCAAGAAAUAUUACGCAAGCUGGAAAAAGAAAAGAUCCUUGUUUUCACCCCAUCUCGGAGAGUUCAAGGCAGGAGAGUGGUGUGCUAUGAUGAUCGCUUCAUAGUGAAGCUGGCUUAUGAUUCUGAUGGAAUUAUUGUGUCAAAUGACAACUACAGAGACUUGCAAAAUGAGAAGCCAGAGUGGAAGAAGUUCAUAGAAGAGCGUCUUCUAAUGUACUCAUUUGUCAAUGACAAGUUUAUGCCGCCUGAUGAUCCAUUGGGAAGACAUGGUCCAAGCUUAGAAAAUUUCCUCCGCAAGCGUCCUGUUGUUCCCGAGCACAAAAAACAACCUUGCCCCUAUGGGAAAAAGUGCACGUAUGGACAUAAGUGCAAGUACUAUCAUCCAGAGCGUGUCAACCAGCCACAGCGGUCAGUGGCUGAUGAACUACGGGCCUUUGCCAAAUUGUCUGCAGUGAAGACGAUGAGUGAAGGAGCUUUAGCUAAAUGCGGUACUGGUCCAGCAACUAUAAAGGGGGACAGCAACUCUGAGGCCAAACGUGUGGCACCCAAACGUCAAUCUGACCCCAGUAUUCGCUCUGUGGCCUGUGAACCUCCAGAGGCACUGUCCGUUAUUAGGAAGUCUGAGACAAAUUCAGUGCCUUCCCUUGUGUCUGCUCUCAGUGUGCCCACCAUGCAGCCUGCCAAGAGCCACGCAGCUGGGGCCUUGAACACACGAUCAGCCAGCAGCCCAGUGCCAGGUUCUUUGCAGUUCGCACACAGUUCUCUGGAGCACAUGUCUAGUGUACAGUACCCUCCUAUAUUAGUUACUAAUAGUCAUGGCGCCUCUGUUACAUACAGUGAACAGUUCCCAAAGUAUGACUCAGUUAGCGACCAUGGAUAUUAUUCACUGCACAGUGAUUUUUCAAAUAUGAGCAUGAGCAGCAUGCAUAAUGUCGACAGUUUCUGUAGCAUGGAGCACGAGCAUGGUGUGUAUCAGAGAAAUCCCAACCACUGCCCUGAAUCCUGCCUCAGCCAUUCAAACAGUGACUCGUUCUCCUCUUAUGGGGACCUGUACCCAAGCUCUGUGGACAGUAGCUUAGAGGAGAGCAUGAAGGGGCAGCAGCAGUCUCCUGCACAGGGUAGGAUGCAAACUUUCUCCCAUGGGUUUCGUCAUGAAGCACUGACUAGGGUACAGAGUUAUGGACCAGAGGAACCCAAGCAGGGCCCCCGUAAGCAGUCUGGAUCUCAUCUAGCACCACAUAUCCAGCAUGUUGCUGUGGGAGCGAGGUCCAGCUGUCCUGGAGACUAUCCCCUAACGCAGAAUGUCCUCCCACCUUUAUCCUCACAGCCCACGAGGUCUCUUGGUAUGACUCGUAUGGACAGCAUAUCAGAUUCAAGGCUAUAUGAUAGCAACCCAAUGAGACAGAGGCGACCUCCACUGUGCCGUGAGCAGCAUGCAAGCUGGGACCCUCUGCCUUGUGGUAAUGAGUCCUAUGGAUAUCAUUCAUAUCCACUGAGUAACAGCCUGAUGCCGUGUUGCGAGCGGGUGAUGGUCCGCAGCAUGCCAGACAAAAUGGAACAAAUCUGGAACUCACCAUGGGAGAUGCCAUCUGCAGUUGAACAUCAAGAGCGGUAUGUCAUCCCAGACCACCAGUAUCAAACAUAUCGGAACCUUUGUAACAUCUUUCCUGCUUACGUAGUCCACUCAGUAAUGGAGAAGAACCCUCAUUUGACAGAUCCACAACAACUUGCGGCUGUCAUUGUUACAAAACUGAGGUCAUGCCAUUGAGCAGUUAAUCUUAUUAAACAUUCAAAAGUGAUGUGAUAAGGGAAAUACGGAUUUUGAUUGCAAGAUAGGCACUUGUUAAAUGUUGCUGCAUGUGCAACAUCUGCCCUCAGGAGUUUUUUAAAAAUGUCUCGGGUGUGAAAUCUGGCAAUCAGAUUUUACAUCACUAAGAUGACAUAGAAGUAAUCAGCAUAGAGGAAGUUUGUCUAUUAAGUCUAUCUCAAAUUGUAAGAUGUUUCACAUAGGAAAGCUAAGUUUUUAUAUGAAGUGUGGUGCAGCUGAUAUGAGGUAACACCUUAUUAGAAAUCUGGUUAAUUCAACACAUUCAUACUACCUGAGCAGGAGCUGCAUAGCAGCUUUGUACCAUAUCAGUGAUUAACUGAACCUUUGUUCAACAUCUUCAAAAUAUAUAUAGAAUAGUCUGCUAACAUUUGGCAGGACUGUUGUACGUCCCUUAGAUCAAUUCUGAAUGUGUUCCUGUUGAUUUAAUUGAUACAUGUUGUAUAAAAAUUAUAUAUGGCUUCCCAAAGUGUUCAGUAUUAAAUAAAUAAAUAAUUAUGAAAUAAAUGAUCACAGGAAUAAAUUGUGUAAAAUAUAUAAACAAAACAAUCAUUUUUGAAAUAAUUGAAGAAGUACUUCAAACUCAACUCACUCACUUAUUUUUUUAAAGUUUUUAUAGGAGUUCAUAUGGGACUGUAUGGCACUUGGCUUGUGGUGCUCAAAGCACCAAAAAAACACAUUUGAAAAACUCAACAGCAAUGUCUCCUUCCAGAAAUCAUGACCCGGUCACUCAAGAUAAUCCACAGAUUUGUUGUGAGCAGUUUCAUGUAGGAACUAUCGGUAGAAAAUAACAGUCCAUUAUUUUCUAUAACUUUAAUUGCACACAUUUUACAGUAUUUUAUGAUUGCUUUUUCAAGUUUCAAUGUGAAAAACUCACAAAGAGCCAAACUGACUUGCUAAACUCUUACCUUUUUAAAUACAAAAUGCUAAACAUGCAUACAAAAUUCAAACCUCUAAAUCACACGCUCAGUCCUCAGAAUACCCCAUACCGCCCAUUAUAUUCAGAAAAUGCAGACAUCUGUACGGCCGAUAUCUCCAAAACUCAGCAACUCACACCAAAAUAAUCUAGAUGGAUAAAUAGCACUACAGGUAGGAGUAAAAUAUAAAAUAUGUAUUUUAUUUGAUUUUAGGGUGAACUGUCCCUUUAACAUCUGCCACCAGAUUUAGCCAGUUAGCACCUGUUAGCUAGAGCAACAACGCAACAAUGUCUGAAUCUACCAUCUAGCUGCUACUGUAAAUAAGCACUGAAUAGUCGGGGGACUGAGUAUACAGGACCCUCAUGUAAGGAUGGCCCAGAAAGAUACUAGAGUGAAUAGCCAUGGAUGUGGGGAAUUUUGUGCUACGAUCCUUGGUAGCAUUAGCAGUCUUGUUAAGUAAGCCUUGAAAGCUGAAGAGGUUUAGUUACAGAGUCUGUGUACUGUGUUUACUUACUUAGCAGCAGUCUCUAAAUUGAUAACUUUGGCAUUGUUGUUGCGCUAGCUAACAGGUGUAAACUGCCUAAAUUUGGUAGCAGUUGUUGAGCUGUUGAGGUAAAAUGCUAUUAUGAAAUAAAAACAGACUUUUGAAUAAGGGAAUUUCUAUGAUGAAAUAAUAUUUCAUAAUGAGUUGAGUUUUAAUAUUUUCUUAAAUUAUUUUACAAAUUGUUGGUUCAUAUAUUUAAUCUAUAUAUUUUACAAAUACAUUUUUUGUAUGUAUUUUGUAAUGUAUUUUUUUAUUUAAUUAAUAUUGAUUACUUUGGGGUUCCAUAAUUAUGAUGGCCAGCUGGAUAACCAUCAUAAUUUGAACUAACCAUAAACUAAUCCUAACUAAUAUAGCUAGCUAGUGUAAUACUGAACGUUGUCCUUAUGUAAAUCAGUGGGAACUAAGUGAUCAAUUAACAGGUUAGCUACAUGGCAAUGCAGUCAAGAUAGGAAGUAAUAACUCAGCAACAUCUCCCACAUUUGCCUUAUUAAAUCUGACAUAAGAGUACAUACAUUUAUACACCAUGUAGCUUUUAUGAAGAUCUUGUUCAGGCCCUGUGAAUGUGUUAUGAAAGGCAUCUAAGUGUUUCUGGUGCAGUGGAACUAUAAAUAACCUUGCUUAGGUCUGCCUCUGCUGUAAAUAAUUCUUGUGACUUUUUUGUGCAUUUAUUUGAAGAUAAGUAAGAGGGAGGUAGGUACCUCACAGCAUGAACUAUGACAUUUAAUGGCCUUAUAUCUGAAUGACCUCACGCUUUAGUCAUUGUCUGAUUGGUUUCAAUGAAAGUCUUAGUCACUGAAGCCUCCUAUUUUCAAAUGUAAAGCACUAUCUCAGUAUCUAAAGAGAUAUAUUUUCUCAGCCUCACUUUACAAAGCUACUAUUUUGGUAGAAUUUGACAGUGCACAAAACAAGCCAAAAAAGAGAUUUGACUUGUAUACAUGUGCACAUAUCUAUGUACAUAUAAUCACACAAAAGCCAUUAUUUCAAAGUCAUUUAUAAGCUGCUAAAUAAUGCCAAAAAAAAGAUAGAAUUUAUAUAGUGUCAGUAUUCUAUAUAACUUUACAUUUUGGUUCACAGAAUUGAUUGGAUUAUAGUAUAAACUAAUAUAUGUGUUUGGAUAAUUUCCUAUUGUGUACUGUAUAGUUACCUUUCUGAUUUUAUUGGAUGCUACGUCCAGAAUUUUCCUAUUUAUAUAUUUGUCAAAUUUGUUGUGCUGAUUCUUUUCAAUGUAAAAAUAUUCAAAGUAUCUUUGUUUCAAACAGUAGCUCUAAUGGACUCCUUCAAGUUGUCAGUGGAGCAGUUUGUUUUCAGGGGCAGGUUCAUUUUGUUUCAAAGACUAAUUUUACAUGCACUUAAGUAGUCUGAUGAUUUCCAGCUUUUGUCAGUGACCUGAUGCAUGAAUGAAAAAUGAAGAACCUAGUUUCCUUUUAUCAGUUUAAGGCAUUAAGAGAAACUUGGUUUACCCAGGUAUCAUCACUGUGGCAGUAAUCUAGCAGGAAUAAAUUUAUGCCCAUGCAUCACUGCUUUUAGAGCAAUUACAUCCAAAGUCCAGUCUAUGCUGAACAAACCUAUUGAUUUUCCAUAUUAUAACUGUAAAUGGUUUAGUUUAUUAAAUGGGCGGAGUCUGUUUCCACAGAUGAACAGUAAAGAAGUUAAAUUUAAACACAUGCACACAGUAAACAAACGGUGGUUUUACAGAAAUCAGACUAUUUCAGUGCAUCUAAACGAGUUGUCCACUUUCAUGCCUUAACCUGAUUUCUGACAGUCAUCUGGUUUCUUAUGUGCAUGUAAACGAAGGAAAGCUUUGAGAACUCAUUUCACUGGGCUGUGAUGUGACUUGGAUAGGGACAAGUUGUAGAAAUGUACUAUUGCAGAUGGAAACAUUGUUUACGUUUGCACAAGGAAUUCUGAAACAGAGUGAAUAUUUACUUGAUGCAUUUGUCAGAUAAAAUGAUAAGAAUAUGACUGUAACAGUUAGGUCUGGGAGUGAGUUAAAUAUUGGACUCAUUUUGUGAUAUCUUGUAGAGUAUGAGGUUUCAAUAAUUGUAUAAAAAAUGAAGUGAAUGCUAGAAAGCAUGUUGAAGAUUAAAUUUACUGUAUGGCUUUUUAUGGGAGGCUGAAUUGCUCAAAUACAGAUGUACAGAACGCAUACAUGCAGCCAGUCUCCUAGGAUCAUGGAAGGGUUUGGCUGUGCCUUGCAGCACGUUGCUCUCAGGAUGCUUUCAAUUUUCUAAUUUUCAGUCUUGCCCUGCCAAAAACCAGUGGUUACUGGCAAGAGUCUACUCUGAUCUAGUAGUGAUAUAUUUUGUGAAAAUCCUACAUGUAACAUGUAGUACCUUUUAAGGUUAGUUAUGUACAGUUGAAACGUGGAGAUGGCAUUGCAAAACUUUGUACUUUUUGUGUAUAUCCUUGUUAUGCACCUUGAGAUUUAGAAAAUCGGGCUAAUAGGGUGGCUUUACUUGAUGCAGCUUUGAUGUCAGAUGAAGUGAUGUUUGUGUCCAUUAGGGUGUGUUCCCAUGCAGCCAAAGACAAAAAUGGGUGUUAAAAAACUGCUUAAAGACCAUUUGUUUGCAUAUGCUGAUUGUCAGGCAGUUUUUGAGCCAGUGAUCUUGAUUUGACCUUUAAAUUUUACCCAUGAGUUGCGGGCCUAAGGAUGCUAAUGUUGGAUGCUAAUCAUGACAUUUGGUAUGGCCCCCAGGUCAUUAGGUCAAACCUAUCACUUAUUCUCAAGAAAUAUUAACUAAUGGUGUAGAUUAGCAUCUGUUUUGCUAAGCACAUUCAUGCUCUCACGAGGAUUAACUUCCAUUGCCUUUUCCCUACUCCCACCCUCAGGACAAAGUGCUACAUUAAACAUUCAGCCUACAGUUGCAGUGAGGUUGUAACAUGUAAAGCCAACCCUAAUAGCAAGACCAUGCUUUGAGUUCAUUUAAAGGGAAAUGCCACUUAAUUUCAGGAUUCAGGUAUGGUACCCCUAUUAGAUUGCAUGGCUGAGCAUUACAAAUUUACAGUAUAGUAGCACAUGCCUGUGAAAGAGAGGAGUUUCCCCCCUAAUGUUUAAUAAUCAGAUUUGUGUUAAGACUCAUUGUGAGUCAAAUAAGUUUAUUGUUUUGGUGUUUUAUUAAUAAAUAAUAAAAAACAGGGAAGUGAUGUUGAGCUCAAACACAAAGUCCAGAAACUUGGGCUCCCAUUUGGAACAGCAUCAGACUAUGUUUUGAUGACAUCACAGACCCGAAUAUUUGUCCUUUUUGAUUUAGGAAAGUGUUCAUGAUUACAAAGAAAAAAUUGUAUGAAUUUUUAAACUAAGUGGUAUUACUCUUUAACAGGGCUAAUUAUGUGAGCCUGACUUUCUCAUUGGUGGUGCUUCAAAAAUCUAUAUUUCUUUAUAAUGUUUAGGUACAACAGUGGUAUAUGAACAGACAUAAAGAAAAAAAAAACAUUUGAAUGUGUUUUGCCCAAAUAAAUUUUGGGCUUUGCUGACUUUGUUUUUUCAUGAAAAAAGACGAGGCCACUUUAGGCCGGCUGUCUGUUCAUGAGAAGGUGAAACAAACUGCCUAAAUGUUUCUUCAUGUGAAACAAUCAGAUUGCAAGGCUGCUGUCAAGGUUGUUUCUGGCAUUUGGCCAAACGUUUGCGUGCCAUCCUUUUUCCUUGAGAUAGUCAUAGUUUCCAAGAGAAACGUGUUCUCAGUGCAAAAAGACUGAAGUACUGUAUGCUGUGAUAAAAGAAAAAACUCUCAAAUUUAAAACACCAACAUGGUUGCUGAUUGAGAGACCAAAUUAUGAUCACUAGUGUUUUGAUUUUAAUAUGCUAAUAUGAUAUCGCAAUAUGUUUCUUGGUGAUAGUGAGAUCCUUCUUGAACCUGAACAAUGGAAUAGUCAAUUGCCCUGAUGAACUCAGAGUACAUUUACUUAGGUGUGUUAAGGAAUUAGUAACUGUAAUGUAGGCCACAACACAAAUCUACCAAAAUGAAAAUGGUCAGGGUUCAUCAUAGUGAUUUGUAUUCAUUGUGGGAAUUAUCCUAGAAAUGUUACUUUGGGUAUUAACAGGUAAUCACACUGACUGAUGUUCACAGACAUCUGUAGCAGCUGAAGCAAGUUUCUGACAAAAUAAACGUAUACAGUAGACUACAUUAAUGUCAAAUCAAUUUAAUAUUGGAUAGAUCUCGUUAUAUUGUCCUUAAAACAGUUAGUUUAUGAUUUCAUAAAGAUGUGUACACAUUUAAUUUUAACUGCUGAUUUUGCUCACAAGCUUGUGUGUUACUAUUUCUGGCACCGUGCCACAUUGCUAGCACUUCUCUGUAAUUAGAUAAAAUGCACUCAUGGACAAUGUGGGCUUAGCAAGUAUUAGAGCAACUUCACAUUCAAAUCCCAGUGAUUGUUAAAUGUUUGUCCAUAAUGCUGAAAUAGUAUUGAUGGUAGCUGCCCUAAUCAUAAAGGUUAGACUCUGCUUUCACAGAUUCCGUCUGGACAUUUUCCCAUUUCCCAGCAUUAGCGAUAUUUCAUCUUUUGUCCCUGUUCCUAAGACCACUUCCAGAAAGAUUCUGUUUUCACUGGGCGAUAGACUACUUCCAGGCAACAAACAGAAACCUUGCAAUUGCUGCAAAAAACUUUCAAUGUACCAACCCAGUAUUUUACUGCUUUGCCAAAAGCUUACACUAAAGGCCAGAAUGGUGGUUCAUAGUCCCCACCCUCCCUUUGAAAGUGCCGCAAACAACUAAGCCACAAAUGUCUAGAAUUGACUUUUGCUUGUUGAUACAAAUUGUAUCUAUACCUUGAAUGUAACAAAAUAUGAAAUGUAUAAUAUGAAAAUAGUUUUAUUUAAAUAAAGGGGGAAAAAAUCAAUGCCAUAAUGUUUGUGACACUGUGUGUCACUGGGAGUAGCCCAUUGGUAUGUACUAAUUCUUACUGGGUACAGUAGUUAACUUACAGGGACAUUUACGUGCUACAUAAAAGUGCACAGAUACCCUGUGUACAGCAGUAAGCAUCAUGUCCUCUUUGUACAUAGUCACACGUGUGUGUGUAUAUAUAGAAAGCGAUUUGUAAAUGUAACAGUAACUUCAGUUGUUCAAAUACUUAGAUCAUUUCUGUGUUGUAACCUGUGCAUCUAUUUCCUCUGAAUUGACAUGUCUGCUUUAUGCUAUUUUAAUGGGAAUUUCAAUAUUUUUUUGAAUAUAUUUUGCCUAAUAAAACAUGCCAAAGUUAUUCUUCGGUGGCUUUGUCAAACAUAAUUUCUUGUGAUUCGAACACACGGGUUGUCAUGUAAUGAAUUCUGUAUUUCAGGGGACAAAGGAUUUCUUUUCAACACACUGUAAACUAAGAGUAACUUAACAUCAAAUGCAAAUCUGUGUCUAGCCUGACGGUUAAAAAAACGGUUAAAAGCAUAAUACAGAAAUUGCAAUCUGUCAUUGGCUGAUCUCUGGGUGCCAGAUGAUGUCACCACAUGCUGUCCAUAUGAUUGACAAGGAGCAGACGGCAGUAUCAGUAGCAUACUGACACUGAAGGCUAAAUUCAGUGCCAGUUUUUACUUGUGAUUUGUGUUUGAUGUUUAAUGCUCUUACAAGACACAGAUCCUUUUUAAAACAGGAAUUUAUUGGAGUGUUUAGCAGUUGAUUUAAUGACUAACCCUGUAUGUUGACAAAGCAGAGGUGUGUUCAAUUGUGAUUUAUUCUACUAUCGAAUUAUUCACCAAUUGUAAUUUUAUAAUUUUGGUAUCUGAGGCCAGUUUGCAUACUGUUGUUUGAAAUGAACAGUCUGUAGGUUUUAGCUGGCCCUAUGGGAAUUAGACUAGUGCUAUUUUCAAGAUACUGAUAUUGUCAAUAUAGUAUUAACUUAAGUUCAGAAUCAGUUGUUAAUGGCUAAGAUCAAGACCAAAGUGAUUUUUGAUGUGCACAUAUUACGUAUCUGUUAUGAUAAUUGGUUCAAACACACAUACACAAACAGUUGUGGUCAAGUAAUUGUGAACCCCUUGACGUAUUGCAGUUUCUGCUACCAUAUCAUUUAAAAAUCGAAUUGUUGGUGUACAAAAUGCCACGACAAGAGGUACACACAUUUGAACAUGACUGUAGAUAUAUACAGUGUAAUACUCAGGUUAAAUCACACAAACAUUUUAAAUCACAUACUUGGUUGUUUUCUAAUAUUAAGAAAUGGUCACAUUUCUGAAGUGGUGUAGGUUUCCUGUUUGAGCAGACCGUUGUGUCUGCAAUGUAAAAACGGAAAUGUAAAGCAGUGUUUUUUGUGUUGUGAUGAUCUGCAGUAUUGUAAUCCACACUGACUGGAAAGCAUUGCUUUUAUAGACCAAAAUAUACAAAAAUAGACUAUUUGGGUCUGUGGACUCAAACAAAAUGUAAGUCUUAAUGACAAAAUGUGUUUCUCCCCGUAAAUAAAGCAAAAUUCUGUUCAAA